CACAGAUAAGUCGGUGGCGUUAAACAUGGCUCUAUCGACACUGGGUGUUUGGACUCUGGUGUGUCUUGUGUACCAGUUCGGGGGUGUCAUCGGUGCACCUGACAACCGUGGUACCGAGUUUAUCAUCGGAUAUAUGGAGAACAUUGCAGAGUCCAUCAAUGUCGAACUCUUUGUCACAACGAUGAGGACGACGACAGUAAAUGUUAGAGUGACAGCCCCGAGAUACAGUUCCGCCGGAAUAAAUGAGGCGUUCUCUGUCACAGCCGGAACUGUUAAACAGCUCUUCUUCCACCCCCGUGUUCGUCUGAGCGGUAACGAAAUGAGCUCCAAAGCCGUUCUGAUUUCCGCCGACGAUGAAGUAGUCAUUUACGGAGUCAACAAGGAGAGAUACUCAUGCGAUGCCUUUCUUGGACUCCCGACUGAUGUACUAGGAACUGAGUACUAUGCCGUUACCUAUUACCCUCCGUCCAGGCAGUGUGAGCUGUUGAUUGUCGGUGUGAAUGACAGCACGUCAGUAAGUAUCACACCGGGGGACGCCAUUGGAAGCCGAUAUAUCUCAUGGGGUGGACGAAACUACUACAAAGGCAACACACUCACCGUUACAAUGAACAGGUUCGAUACAUUCCAGUUAGUCACAUACGGCGAUCUCACAGGGACAUAUAUCAGUUCCACCAAGGCUGUAUCUGUCUUCAGUGGAAACAGGAAAACGAACAUUGGCAGAGGAGGCAGCUCUGAUCAUUUGGUUGAGCAUCUUACAAAUGUUGACACUUGGGGAAAGCGUUUUGUAACUGUUCCUGUCCCAAACAGAUCAGUUGGGGACUACUUUAAGUUUAUUGCCAGUGAAAGUAGCACGAGCGUCACGAUAAGUGGAGGUUAUUCUAACUCUUUCACACUAAGCAAAGCUGGAUCGAUGGUGCAAAAGACAAUUUCUUCCAGAGCUUAUUGUCUUGUUGAAUCUGACAAACCAAUUCUAGUUGUACAGUUUUGUCUGAGUCAACAGUCUUCAAGCGAAAAAUCUGACCCUAUGAUGAUGAUUAUUCCACCAGUGGAACAGUACGGAGCCGACUAUACAUUCACCACACCAAAGUACUCCCUUGGGUCAUACAGCAACUACUUCAUGUUCAUCAUAAAGGAAUCUGAGAAAUCUGGACUUAGAGUCGAUGGUAAUGCAUUCCCCUCCAGCACUGUAUACAACAGAAUUAGCGGUACUGACUAUGUUGGGGGUUACAUCAGCGUGUCCGAGGGGUCCCACACUGUACGUCACACAUCUCCCAUCUCUAUCUUCGGAGGAUACCUGUACGGCCAGGCAAACUACGAGACAUACGGAUUUACUACAGGAAUGCGUAUGGCCGGAAUCAACACGGUGUGUAUUCCGACCAGUACAGUGGUUGGAGAUGGUAUUGACAAUGACUGUGACGGUCUGAUCGACGAGGAGCUGUGUACUACAGAGAAUCAGGGAAGAGAUGAUGACGGCGAUGGUCAGGCAGAGGAAGACUGUGCGACACCUCCGCCAAUUGACGGUGGUUGGAGUUCAUAUAGUUCGUACGGGGCGUGCUCGCUUUCGUGUCGAUCAGCAGCAGGCGGCGCUACCUCCGGGAUCAAAACCCAGACUCGAUAUUGCAACAACCCUACACCCAAAUAUGACGGCAAACAGUGUUCAGGGAGUGCCACAAACACCGCAACAUGUACCCCAUCCAACUACUGUCCAAUUGAUGGCAGCUGGGGUAGUUGGGGGUCGUAUGGUUCCUGCUCCGUGACGUGUGGUAGUGGAUCAAUGACGAAGACAAGACAAUGUAAUAACCCUUCACCAGCGCAUGGCGGAAGUUACUGUAGCAGUUCUGGUUCACAAACGGCUAGUUGUACAUUGAGCGCAUGUCCAAUUGAUGGUGGCUGGAGUUCGUAUGGAAACUGGGGAUCAUGCUCAAGAAGUUGUGGGACUGGAUUACGUUCCAGAACGAGGCAGUGUAAUAAUCCGUCUCCAGCAAACAAUGGUGCCGAUUGUGUCGGAUCUACAACCAGUACUGAAGCAUGUAACACACAGGCCUGUCCAAUUGACGGUGGUUGGUCAUCUUGGGGGAGUUAUGGUUCCUGUUCUGUGACAUGCGCAGGAGGUUUGAAGUACCGGACGCGUUCAUGUUCAAAUCCUUCCCCACAGCACGGAGGGGCCUCCUGUGGAAACUCUGACACCAGCAGCGCGAGCUGUAACACAAACCCGUGUCCGAUUGAUGGUGGCUGGAGCUCUUACGGAAAUUGGGGGUCGUGUUCAAGGAGUUGUGGAACUGGAUCACGAUCCAGAACGAGGCAGUGUAAUAGUCCGGCCCCGGCAUACAAUGGCGCCGACUGCGUCGGCUCUGAUACAAACACAGAAACUUGUAACACUCACCCUUGUCCAAUUGAUGGUGGUUGGACCUCUUGGGGGAGUUAUGGUUCCUGUUCUGUGACAUGCGCAGGAGGAUUGAAGUCCCGGACGCGUUCAUGUACAAAUCCUGCUCCACAGCACGGAGGGGCGUCAUGCGGAAACUCUGACACAAGCAGCGCGAGCUGUAACACAAACCCGUGUCCGAUCGAUGGAGAAUGGUCCUCUUGGGGCAGUUAUGGUUCCUGUUCCGUGACAUGCGCAGGAGGUGUGAAGUACCGGACGCGAUCAUGCACGAAUCCUGCUCCGCAGUACGGAGGGGCGUCAUGUGGAAACGCUGACACAAGUAGCACUACCUGUAAUACAUUUCCAUGUCCGAUUGACGGAGUAUGGGGCUCUUGGGGAAGCUACGCUCCAUGCACACUUACAUGUAAGGAUUAUGGAACGUCCCAAACCGGAACAAAGACCAGGACCCGUUCCUGUGACAAUCCUGCCCCACAGUACAAUGGCGCCGACUGUCCUAAUUCUGACACUCACGUCGCGACAUGUACUACGUCCACUUACUGUCCAAUUAACGGCGUAUGGUCUGCAUGGAACAGCUGGAACACUUGCUCAGUAACAUGUGCCAGUGGAGUUCAGCACAGAUCGAGAACAUGUACAAAUCCACCAGCUCAAUAUGGCGGUCUUCCGUGCAGCGGAAGUACAAAUGACAGCCAAGUGUGCACCCUGCCACCUUGCCCAAUUGACGGCGCAUGGUCAAGUUGGAGUGCUUGGGGUUCAUGUACUGUCACCUGCGGAGGGGGGACUGCCACCAGGGGUCGCUCUUGUACAAAUCCAACUCCGCAAUAUGGCGGUGCUCAGUGUUCUGGCAAUGUCACGGAUACAAUGGACUGUAACACGGCUGUCUGUAUAAUUGAUGGCGAUUGGGCUGAAUGGAAUCCAUGGGGCACAUGCACAAUUUCUUGCGGAAAUGGAACCCGUUCACGAAUCAGGAGUUGUUCUGACCCACUUCCACUCAACGGUGGACUUCAAUGUCCCGGAGCAUCCAGUGAUUUCAGCGAGUGUAACACACAGGACUGUCCUGUCCGUCAAGCUGGUGUUUACCAACAGUUGUGCCCCGCAAACUGGUUUACCUGCGAAAGCGGUCAGAUCACCUGUAUAGACAGGUCAUAUAUGUGUGACUGUGCCAAUGAUUGUGACGACGGAAGUGACGAAACAGAGGGUUAUGCCGGAUGUAACUCCGCCUUGCUGCAGGCUUGUGGGAACGGGGCAGAUGGUGUCUUGCUGUUUUCCAAGUGGCUCGGUGCAUUGGUUUUAUCCACGAUCUGGUUGUUGUGGCGGUGA